ACUACAAUACCCAUGAGCCUCUGUUCCAAGCGUCCUGUGGGAAAGAGCCCAAAAGCAGAAAUGGCACCAAAGCAGUUUAGUAGUUUGAACAAGGAUGUGAAAAACGCCGUGGAUGUAAGUGACGCAGCAGUGUCGCGUCCUCGCGGUCCAAUCACCGAGCAGCUCGGACUUCACUGACUGCAGUUGCUAUGGAGCUGAUGGCAACACCGAUACAAACUUUUCGCCCUCGAUGCUUCCCAGUGAAAAGAACAGAGGAAUUCGUCUCAUCUUGGGAGCAGAGAGACGCCGCGUGUCAUAGAAAUGCAGGUCCACUCGGUUCCGCUCGGCUCCGUCACCAUCGGACCUCGGUCUUGGCGCGACGGGACGGUCCGUUCCAUCCGGCGAGCGGAGCGCCUGGUGCGGGACACCUGGGCCGGGCGGGGCGUCAGCGGCCGACCCCGGGUCUGCAGCGCUGGGCCCGGGUUCACCGCAAGAGCCACGGACGGGCCCGCAGAACCCGCAGAAGAGGAGGCCACGGGGGAGAAAUGCGGGAGUCGUGACCGCAACGGUGAAGUUAAAACCUCGAGGCCCCAAACUACAGGAGGAGUGAGGACCGUCCCGUUCCCGGCCACCUGCUGGCGCGAGCAGUGCGCCGGGGCCAGCGUUGCGGUGGCCACCGAGUACAUGCGGAGGGUGCGGGAGGUGGAGGGCCAGCUGCGCAGACAGGCCGCGCGCGUGAGCCAGGAGGGCAUCCGGCUGGACAGGGAGCGGGGGCACCUGGAGAAGAUGCUGCGCAGCAUCAGCACCGAGCUGGCGGUCAACAGGAGGAGCUCGGAGGACAGGACCCGGAGGCCCAACACUGCGGAGACGGAGCGGGACGGUGCCGAUUACCUGCUGCUGUGUGAGAGACGGGAGCUGACGGAGCUGAAACUGGAUCUGGAGGGAGCGCUGAGGAGCACGCUGACGCAGCUACAGGCGCUGGGUGAGAGCAGCAGGCGGCUGCGGGACUGCGCCGGUGAGCGGGCUCGCGUCCUGGAGCUGCUGCCCCACAGCGGCUCCGCUGCGGCUCAGAACCUCCCUAAAACGGACCCGACCAGCGCCUUCACCCCAGAGUGUCAACAGGUUCUGGACUCGUCCACUUCGGCCGUCGCUCAGUCGCAGCAGCUGAGGGACGGCGCCAGGCGGCUGCUCAGCAGCGCCAUCGCCAGGCAGAAAGCAGCCCAUCGGGCUGUGAACGACGGGCUGGUGAAGAAGGUCGCAGAGACCGUCGCUCUGCAGCAAAAUCUGGCUUUGGUGACGGCAGCCACCAGACAGGCCAUGUUUCGCAAGCAGAGGGAAAUUAACUGCAUCCGCCACAGUUAUGGCAGAGCCCAGGGUCCAGAGCACAGUGGUGACGUUCUGUCCAGGGAGAAGCUCAACAGGCCUCUGGUGCACGUCUACCAGCGACACCCGGGGACGCAGCUCCCGGAGGCGGCGCUGCUCAUCCAGGGCAGCGCGAUGCUCAGGCGGCGCCUCGAGUCCUCGGAGGGGGAGCUGGAGAGGCUGCAGCUCACGUGCCUGCAGCUGCAAAACGACCUGCGUGGCAAGAACGCAGCCGCUCAGGUGGACGCAGGCGUCGUCCGCAUGAGGCGCCGGCGCGUGGACGUCCGCGCAGUGCCCGCGCUCCUCCAGCAGGGGGCGCCCAGGAGCGCUGCAGGGGGCACCGAGGUGACGGGAGCGUGUCAGUGAUGGAGAAGCCCGUGCAACAAGCGCCUGUUAGUAAAAGGGGACCAGUCUGUUUAUUACCUGUUUCCUCCUGCUCCUCUUGUCUCCUACAGUCUGUUAGUGCAGUUUGCAGUGUUUUCUUAGUACUUCAGACUUGGGGUUGUUUUUAACACAGUUGUUAGUAGUUCUAGUUUUCCUAAUUCUGUUCCCAAAACUGUACUUAUUAAACCAUUAAAACCA